UGCCUUCUUUGCUCUGCUUAUAAAUACAUACCCUUUCUUCAUGCAUUGGACAACAACAUCAACAACCCAACUUAGUAAACUAUAAUUUAUCUUCUAUAAGCUCUUCAACAUUGUAAUAAAGUUAGCAAUUUACCUAUGGAAGCAAAGAAACUUUCUUUCUCUAUCUUUCUCUUUUUCUGCUUCUUCAGUUCACACCUUCAUGCCAUUUUAGCUGAUUAUGGAGGUUGGCAGAGUGCUCAUGCCACCUUCUAUGGCGGUGGAGAUGCAUCCGGCACAAUGGGAGGAGCGUGUGGGUAUGGGAAUUUGUACAGCCAAGGGUAUGGAACAAACACAGCAGCUCUAAGCACAGCUUUGUUCAACAAUGGAUUGAGCUGUGGUGCUUGUUAUGAAAUGAGAUGCGAUGAUGACCCAAGAUGGUGUCUUUCUGGCACUAUUACUGUUACUGCUACUAAUUUUUGCCCACCAAAUCCUGCUCUGCCAAACAAUAAUGGUGGUUGGUGCAAUCCUCCUCUCCAACACUUCGAUUUAGCUGAGCCUGCUUUCUUGCAAAUCGCCCAAUACCGUGCUGGAAUUGUGCCUGUUGCCUUCAGAAGGGUGCCAUGUGUGAAGAAGGGAGGAAUAAGGUUCACCAUUAACGGUCACUCGUACUUCAACCUAGUGUUGAUCACCAACGUCGGCGGCGCCGGAGAUGUUCAUGCAGUUUCAAUCAAAGGGUCUAAAACAGGCUGGCAAGCCAUGUCAAGAAACUGGGGUCAAAACUGGCAAAGCAACUCUUACCUCAAUGGUCAGAGUCUAUCCUUUCAAGUUACAACCAGUGACGGAAGAACUGUGACAAGCUAUAACGUGGUGCCUGCUGGUUGGCAAUUUGGUCAGACUUUUGCAGGAGCUCAAUUUUAAGAUGUUUAUUUUAUUUCUGGACUUGUUUUUUAUUUUUCAUUUUUGGCCUUUUACGAAUGAGUCUAAAAUUUGUAGUGUAUAUUUACAGAAAUAGCCUUGUAAAGCAGAGGUGGCUAAGUAACACCCGCUGGGCCGUUCAUUUCUAGUAAUUUAAUUUGAACAAUGUAUUUGUCUUAUGCAUUAGCAAUAUAUACUUUCUGGAUAUCUAGAAAUAUCCAUAUAUUUAGCCAAUCAAAAAAUAAA